AUGUCUCGGUGUUUUCCGUACCCUCCACCUGGUUAUUCUGGGAAUAGAUCCAGCAACGAGGCCUUGAUCGAAUCGAUUAAGCUCCAGAGAGAAAGGGAGAAGGCCAAGGCAGAAAGGAAGAAAGAAAAGAGGAGGGAGAAGAAAGAGAAAAAGAGAGAAAAGAAAGAAAAGGAGAAGCAUAGUACCUGUAAACUAGCUCAUGAUGAGAAAGACCAUAAAGGGGAGAAGAGUUCUGUAGAUUUCAAAAGAGAAUACAAAAGAACGUGGAGUAAAGAUGAAGCUGAACAGUUGGAAAGGAGUGGUCUCACUGAAGAGCAUGGGUUGUCUGUCUGUGCAUACAACCCGUCUGCUUCAUCAGAGAGCACCCAAAAUAGCAACAAGAGAAGGAGGAAUGCUUCACUUCCUGAUGGUUGCCAUAGGAAUGGGAACAUCAUUAGAAUUCGACUACCCUUGCAAAAACACAAAGAACCUGCUGCUUCAGCCACCAAAGAGGUGCUCUGCUCCACUUCGGGGAGGAUAAAUUUACCUACCCAGCAAAAAUGUGAAAUUGCUCCAGGAGCCAGGCAAGAAGGUUCCUACUCUACUUCUCUGUGGACCGAUAUUGAUACGCAUACACUUCCCCUUAGGCUUGAAAAAGAGUUGAGCUGUUCUACUUCUAGGAGGACUGAAAUUUCUACCCAGGAUGACAGUCGAAAGCGCCCUGAUUUUGAUGAUGAAGAAUGGCUCUUUCAAAGGAAGCAUCAAGACACUCUCAAGGAGAAAAGAUUUAAAGCCAGCAGUGAUUUAUCUUGUGGUUCAUCUGUGAUGUGGCCUUGUGCCCAACAUUUGCCCAAUGCUGAUAUAUUUGCAUUACCAUCCCAAAUUGAGCAUCUUACCAUGUGGGUUUUCUCAAAACCUUCACUUUCUGUUCUGCUUCCAAACAAUAACUCACCCACUUCCAACCCCUCUAGAUCAUCAACAGUGAACCCAAUUCAUUGUGGUCUGCACGAGUUUAGUGAAUGCAUUGAUUCUAUAAAGAACACCCAUAAAAUCACUGAGGCUAUGAAGCUUGUGACCCAUGCUAAAGUGAGAAGAGCUCAAGAAGUUGUGGUCAAUGCUAGACCCUUCUCUGAAACUCUUGUUGAAGUUCUUUACAACAUCAAUGCACAGCUCAAAAUUGAAGACAUAGACAUUCCUCUCACCAAUGUCAGGCCAGUAAAGUUAGCUCUUGUGGUUGUUACUGGUGAUCGUGGCCUUUGUGGUGGUUUCAACAAUGCAAUCAUCAAAAAAGCCGAAGCCCAAAUUAAAGAAUUGAAAGGUCUUGGCGUUGAUAUGCUGUAA